GGGAAUUUUCCUUCCUGUUACUUGUGAUACUUGACAACAACCUCCUAAAAAACUGGACAACCCAGAUCACUAAGAGAUUUAAAAGUAAACAUGAAUCAUGACAAGGGAUAUACCCUCCUGGGACCAAAAGGUGGCAUGCCAAAAUGGAAAGAAUGCUGUGGACUCAUCAAAAAAUGGUGGAAAGAAGUAUUUGUGGUUGUAUUAGUCAGCUUCAUCUUCAUCCUCGCCAUUGCAGGAUGGAUCAUGUUCACUGACUGUAAGAGUGGGACCUUGGAGAGAGAGAAACAACUCCAGGAGGAGGCUCAUAACCACCUCACAAACAUCAUACAAGACAUGACAGCUCAGGCAGAGAAGAAUGUAUCAGAUUGCAAGAGAGAGUCUGCAGCAAGAGAGAGGAAGAUUAGGGAGGAGGCUUACAAGAGAGAGAGACAACUACGGGAGGAGGCUUACAAGAACCUGACUAAAAUCGUAGCAGUCAUAACCGCUGAGGCAGAGAAAAAUGUAUCAGAUUGCAAGAACAAGUCUGCAGCAAGAGAGAGGAAGAUUAGGGAGGAAGAAGAGAAGAAGGCCUUGGAGAGAGAGAGAGAACUGAAGGAGCAGUCUGAGAAAACCCUUAAUGCGACCAUACAAGAGAUGACAGUGCAGGCUGAGAACAUCACAGCAAUGGCAGAGAAAAAGCUCAAUUCAACAGUAAACCAGAUGAGAGAAGAGGCUGAAAAAACCUUGAAGGAGAAAGUGAAGGAUAUACAACAAGAGGAGGAGAAGAAGAGAAUUGACAGGGAGAGAGAGGUGCAAGAAGAGGGUUUGAUUAAGCUCAGUGAAAGAGAAAAAGUGGAAGAGAGGAGGAAGAGAGAAAAUGGCUGGAGAAGGAAAAGGAUGUGAGAGAAAAUGAAAAGCAAAAGAGAAUCAACAGCGAAAAGAACAUCAGAGAAGAAAAACAACGACUACAAAACGAGAUAGAAAUGCUUAAAAAUGGGGAAAGCAUGUCUCUUUUAAACACAGAUCCUACGACUAUUACACUUAUUGCAGUUGGAAUAUGUCUGGUAAUAUCUAUUUUCAUUAACAUUUGUCUCACUUGUAAAACAUGUUGAAUGGCCACAUGUGGUGUUAGAAAAGUGCUUUAUAAAUAGAGUUACCUUGAUUUAACUAGGGUAUACAGCAGGGCCGGAGUGGGGCCUCUUUUCAGCCCGGGAAUUUCAGGCCCAAUACCGGCCCACUUUUCCCAUGGUAGUGGAAAUUGGAUAAAUUAAGCAACAGUUCAGCUCUUACUAUCCUGUAUUUUUUCAAUACCAUGGCUCAACAAAUAGCCUAAUGUAGGUUAAAUAAUAACCUGAGAAGUUAACAAGCAUAUUCCACUAUCCCAAGGUUGAUAAAUUAACAAAAGCAGAAAUACGUUUGAAUUUGAAACGUAUUCCACUCUUCAGCAUAAAGGCAUAUUGAACUAUUGUUUACAGUUCAAAUCCCAGUACAGUAAAGUUACACUGUGAAUAGCAACGGCAUCUAUAAGAGCAGACAUCCAUGUGGCUGAUGGACGUAAAAUGUAUCCAAAUUCACAUUUAGCCUAAUUGCUCACAGAGUACUUAUCACAAAUAAAUAGAUUUCGUGGAAGAGCUGAACUUGAGCUUUCAAACGUAGCAGCUAGGUGCUGUGAUAAACUUAACGAAACGUAACGAAAAUUAAUGUUGGUUAUUCAGUUUAAUCAUAGGCUAUUUCCAUUGUGCACACAGAGCUUCAUCCACCUCCACACCCAUUACUCUCGGUGGUAGCCUAUAUCUCCCAAACUCUAGUCAACACAUACAGUACUGUAGCUAACCAUAUAUCAAAAUAAACAGCAGACCUUAUCGGACACAAGGAUAUGAAUCAUUCCUCUGUACAAUACGCUGAUCCCAAGUAAUCCCGUUUUGAAACUGCAGCAAAUUUCUACAUGUUAUCCAACUUCAGGCUACAUUAUUAUAUUAAGCUUCCAUUCUAAUAGCAGCCCAACAGUAAUGAACUUGCUUUCUAAGUCAAAGUCUAAAUAAAAGGCAUAAUCAUGACUUGUUGUAACAGAGGUAAAUAUCGUAGCAAAUAGCCUGGUGAUGAGACAGCUUAGAAAUGUAUUUCACACUCGCUGGAGACCCUGGUGCAUAGUUGCGGUACCGGCCCUGCUAUCGGUAGCCUAUCUGAGAAAUCAUGUUUUGGAAAAAGACGUGCUAUGGACCCAACCAACUCUAUUUUGGGAGGGGAGAACUCCCUCGCAUGGUAGGCUACAGCCCAUGCAGAGGCUGCGGUGUCAGAAUGCGGAGCGUCUGUAGCCUACUUUAAGAGGAGAUGGACUAACGUGACAAAUGUAAAAUAAAUAAUAAAAUUCUCGACCGGCCCAAAAGUGAAGCGCCCCACCGGGAAAUCUCCCGAUUCUCCCGAUUACCCACCCCGGGCCUGGUAUACAGUAUGUAGAAUUACAUGAACCUUUUGUGUAGGUGUGUAUUUAAGGUAGGGUAUACAGUAUGUUGAAUUACAUGUGUGUAUUAAAGGUAGGGUAUACGGUUUGUAGAAUUACAUGAACCUUUAGUGUAGGUGUGUACUUAAGGUUGUGUUACACUUGUAUUCUUGCCUUGGCCUAGACAUACAGCACAUUUACUUUUUAGAAGUGCAUACUAUUUUUGAGGAUAUUAGAAUUUUUU